AUGUUGCAGGACCCGAAGGGCCUUUACCAGACCCUUGGCUUGGAUCCUGCCGCCAGUGAGACCGACAUCAGGAAAGCGUACAGGCGGCUGGCCCUCAAAUACCAUCCGGACAAGAAUGCCAGUGAAGAUGCCACCGCAGAGUUCCAGAAAAUCGCGAGCGCCUACGAGGUGCUCUCCGACCCGGAGCGCCGGGCCAUGUACGACUCCACAGGUUGUGUUGACAGUGAGGAGGUCGAUGACGAAGAGGGUCUUCUGCGAGCUGCAGGUUUGUUCUCUGCAUUUUUCGGAGGUGGAAUGGCGCAGGAUUUGGAUGAGGAGGAGCAGGCUCUUCUCGACGAAGUCCUGCGGAUGACAGGAGCCUCUUCGUUCCAGGCCCGCGGUAGCAGAAUGCGGCGCAAGGGGCGUGGUCGGAAAAAAGCAGGUGGCAUGUCCAUUGACGAGGUAUUCAUGGCGGCCAUGUCAGGACUGCCAUCCUUCGAAGCAACAUGCCCAUCAGGGCAUGCCCUGAAGAAGAAGAAGGCUGAUGGAGGCUACGAAUGCGAUGCCUGUGGCAAAGAUAUCCCGAGCGAAAAGCGCUUUUUCGAUUGCCGCAAAUGUGACUUUAGCAUGUGCCUUUCGUGCCAUAAGAAGGCAGAAAGCAGAGCGAUGGAGCAGCAGGAUGAGGAAGACACUGAUGCGGAAGUGUUCGAAGCAUUCUGCGAAGCCAACCUGCAGCCUGAGCGCCAGGGUGGUAGGCUUCGAUUCCGCUGCUCCCUCUGCAGAAUCGUCUUGGAUUCGCAGCAUGAGGCCGCGGCACACAUUGCGGAAGAUCAUGCAGCAGAGCUUGAGGCGGUGAGCAAUGAAGUACGCUCAGAACUCAAAAAUGGCUACGGCACGUCCUCCUCCGCAGGAGCAGGCGAUGGUUACGAAUCCUUCCUUCUGGGAGCUGCGCUGGAGGGCAUGAUGGGCGGAUUCGGUGAUCUGCCUCCGCCGCCCAAGGCUGGGGUCGUCGACCUCGACGACGACGUUGACAUCCGGCAGAUGCGGACCUUGCGCCUAUGGGUGGAAACAGAUGGGGUGACGACACGGGUACUGCUCUUAGACAUCUGCUUGUCGGGCUAUCUACCGGCCAGCGGAGCUGACCAAGCCAUGUCGGCAGCCUGGAUGUGGCAGAUGUAUGGCACUGUCUCAGACAUCAACAUCAAGCAUUCGGAGAGAGAUACAUUUGUAUUCGUCACCUACGCCCGAUUAGAGAAUGCGCAGGAUGCCAUCCAGGGACUUGACCAGAGCAAAGCUUUUGGAUCAGGUGUCAUCAAGGCUGCUCCAGCAACCCGACGGGUCGAGGGAAAGGGUGAGAAGCCCCGAGCUGAUCGGUCUGAUCGGUCCGAUCGGUGGGACGAGGCUCGCCGAGAUGACGAUCGGCGCUCCCGCUUCCGGGAAGAUCCUCCCCGCGCAGCGCGGGAUGCUCGAGAGCCAGCAGGUCCUCGACAUGACGGCAGAGAACCUGCUCCGGAGCGUCGUGCCGCGUAUAGACCUGCCGGUCCAGAUAGACCCGACGACGGCCGACGUCGACGAGAUUCACGCUCACCUCGAAGACCUCAAGACACCAGGGACUAUGGAGCUGUCCGUGCACCGCGCGCAGCGCGGGAUGCUCGAGAGCCAGCAGGUCCUCGACAUGACGGCAGAGAACCUGCUCCGGAGCGUCGUGCCGCGUACAGUCCAGCUAGACCUGACGGCGGUCGACGAGCUUCACGCUCACCUCGAAGACCUCAGGAUACAAAGGACUACGGAGCUGUUCGCGUAAACAUUUCGUGUCUGCCAUACGACAUGGAAGAGGCAGAGCUGAAGGACACUGCCUCUACAUAUGGCAAGGUGCUGGCGCUGAGAGUCUUUGGAGAUGCAGAGAAGCCAAAGCGCGGUUGGGUUGAAUAUGCGACCCGGCGCGAAGCUGAAUACGCGGUGGCCGAACUGGAUCAGAGGUGGAGCCAUCCGUUUAUUCCGAACCGGAUCUUCUCGUUGUCAUCGUUAAGCAGACUUCUAAACCCAGGCGGGUUUAGCAGAAGCAAGCCUGGCGUGGUAGCAGCCAGAGCAAGUUUGGACGAUGGCUGUGGCCCAUGA